ACUGAAAACUAAACAGGGACUUUAUAGACGUGAUUUGUAUGAAAACUUCAUCAAAGUUUCUUGCUGAAGUAUUGUUAAGACGGUAGCACUUACACCUGACCCAAUGUUGUAGUUCAUUUUAAAGAUCCAUUCUUGUCAGCAGCCAGAAAGAUGGAUAUAGCAGAAAACUAUUUAGGGCAGGUCACACAUGUGAUUGAUCCUGAUAAUUUCAGCAUGCAAGUUGGUACAGAUGAGUGUCUGGCAGAAUUUAUACAGUUUGAGAUGAGACUGGAAGAUUUUGGUCAGACCUGUGACAGAGUGAGUGACCUUUCUGCACUGGAGAUAGGACAGAUUAUUCUGGUGGAGUGUAUGGAGACCAAAGAGGGAUGGAGGAGGGGACAAGUGGCCAAUGUUAACAGUGAGGAGUCUGGUGUUGAUGUUGUUUACAUUGACUAUGGGCACUCGGAACAUGUGGGCAAGUCUAGAUUGUGUACAGAUUUUCCUGAGGAGUUUGGUCAAUAUCCGUCCAUGGCUAUCAAGUGUCAGCUGGCAGGAAUCAAACCAAUUGCCAGAACAUGGACAACAAAAGCUGUCAAGAUGUUCACAGAGAUCACCCAGGGCCAUGUCUUCUUUACUUUCUUCCUGCCAACGACUCACAUGUUUAAAUCAAUGGUAGCGCUCUACUUUCAGCAAGGGGGAGACAACCCAGACUGGGCAGGGCGUUCACUGUCUCAUGUUCUCAUGGACCAAGAACUUGGCAUUGUAUCAGAAAAUGAAGUGACUGAAUAUUUGGAGAAUGCUGCAGAGUUUUGCAAAGAAAAAUUCCAGCUGGCUGCAUAUUCGGAAUCCAUUGAAGCAAAUGAAGAUGUAGAAGUGCCUGAUUCAGAUUUUAUCUCAGGAAUGAGCAAUGAAGAAGAGAAUGAAGAUGGUGAAGAUUUCCUCCCAGUUUCGGGGGAAUCUCCUGAUAAUGCUCCCUCAGAUGAUGUUACUGAGGAAUCUCCACAAGAAACAAAUGAACCGUCCACUGACGAGGGUACGUCAGAAUACACUAGCUCACCGGAGGGUCCAUUGGACCAUUCAUCACAUAUAGGGUCCACUAAUGGGGAGAACAAAAUCGUCAUCUCAGACUUUGAUUUUGAUCGGAUUCAUCACACUAAGGAUAUAUGCACAAAUCGCUUGGAGGAGAGGAAAGCUAAACAGACGCGUCAGGAACUGGAACAGGAAAAUGAGAAGAUCUUGGAAGACGUGAAGGAAUGUAAAAGUCUGGCUGUAGAGGCUGGUUAUGGCAUAGCAGACCAUUUUGAAGAUACUUUGCCCCCAAGAUUUUCUCAAGCAGGGGGCAAUGCAUUACCUUUGAUCCCCCUGGGAACUGUGACCCCAGGGUUGGAAAGACCCUCCAGUCAGAAUGUUAUUGAUGACCGCAUGCCUAGUAAGCGCUACUCACGGACACGCAGAGAGGCCAGGCCAGGGGUGGAAGAGAGGAUGGAAUUGGGGCCAAUGAGGGGUAGAGGAAGAGCCAGACCAGCAAUACCACAGCCAUCAGGUAGCAGCCCUGUGAUUGGUUUAUCUGGGAUACACCCCUCCAGAGACAGCCCUGUGAUUGGUUUACAGUCCUGUAGCAGCCCUGUGAUUGGUUCAUCUGGGCUACACCCCUCCAGAGGCAGUCCUGUGAUUGGAUCAAGUAGCAGUCAAGUGAUUGGUUCACGUAGUAGCCCUGUGAUUGAUUUUAGUGGUUAUAACCCUGAAACACCUCCAAGUAAUAAUAGACUGGACUCUCUAUACAAAGCAUCCCCUGAAAAACGAGAGGAACUUGUACAAACACUUAAAAAGAUCUUUGCGGAGGCAGACAGAGACACAGAAGAAGAGACCAGGGCUCGAUUACAGAGUCUAUUCUUUACAGAUCUUUUCAUGUACCUGGACAAGGAACAACUGAAAGAAGUGAUCUAUGUUUUGUUGAAUCGAGCCGUUCGUUACUAUGGAGAUAUUCAUGAUGUGUUGCUGGACAUCAUACAAAUACUUAAUGUGACAGAAGAUUUUCCUGACUGUCUCUACCUGUCCUGUAAGAAAAUAGAAGAAAACUACAUCAAGAUCCAGAUGAUGGGGAGUCCAUUUCAUGUCCAGGCCAGUAAGGUGUUAGCACACAUAUUCAUCAUGAGUCUCCAUUGGUCCUGCAGCAACCAGAUUCAAGAAAUGAUCUUAUCAGCUCUGGAGAAGUGGAUUAUAUUCAAUAAAACAGCUCAACAGCUGGGACAGGACAGAUUACAAGAGCUUUACAUUGAAUGUUUCAAUAUUGUGUGGUGCAUUGUGGGAUCUCACAUUUGCCGACUUUAUCCAGAACACAAAGCUCGGCUGCAGAAAGAGUGCAGAAAUAAGAUUCUCAAUGACAAUGUUUCCAGGUUAGUGAGGUCGAAGUUGUUAGACCUUUACAUAGAGAAGUUUGUGAUAUCACCCACAGCGAAGAAAGAGGAAGUACAUACAUGUACACAGACCAAAACUCUGACACUGGUAGACAAGGAAGUUCAGACAGACAUGAUCAAAAUAACAGAAAGACGAUCACAGGCAGAAUCUCCAUCUCCAGUUGCAACAGCACCUGAACCAUGGAAAAAAUCCAAAACAAAAACAUUGAAUUCUAACAAAAAAGCCACCACUGCAGAGUCAAAGAAAGACAUUGAGUGGCCAAAGCUCUCAGGUCCAAAAGUGCCCGAUUGGACAAAUAGGUUGCUGGACAGUCCCCGACUUCCAGACUGGAGCAGCCCAGAGGGAAGUAAUAGCAGUGUUCGAAAGACUCCAGAGUCACUCUCAAGUAGUUUGUAUUUCUCUGCAGAGGAUAAGUCAUUUCAGAGUUCCCCAGACAUCAGACAAUCUUCAUUUCUAAAUUCUCCAGACAAUCUCAGAAAACGAAAUUUGAAUCAGUUGAGGAACCCCAUAGACCCCCCAGUAGUGACAGAACCCAUCCAGACCUUUACAAACUGGUCUGACAAUAUGGUGUUUGGAUCUAAAUCAAACUUUCUUUCCAGUGAUCUUGCACCAAAGAAAUCAGAAGAUGAAAGAAAAAGCCAACUGUUGAAGAACAAACUUUGUGCUUUGGCAGAGCCCAAAUCAGAUUCCACAGGAUUGAAAGCUCAGAGUUCCACAUUCCAGCAAAAUAAUUCCAAAAAGGAAAAACAUCAGACAAGGCAAUCAGGAGGAAAGGAAGUGUCUAAUUCCAGCAGCAGGAAUACAAAGGAUCUGAAAGAGGAGCAGAAAUCUAGAGACAAGGAACCAGUUUCUUGGUGGGAUUCAACAGGCAGCUUAACUAGAUCAAAUUUAAAGUCUCCUUCUUUUGGUUCAGAAGAUGAUUCAAGUGGUAGUGAAAAAAGACCAAUGGGUAGAGGUAGGGGAAGACGUGUCAAAAAAGAGUUUCCUCCACCCCCGAGUUCAACAUCUCUUGUUCAGAAAUCAGACAUUUCAGAUGAAAUAUCUGAAAAUCAUGUUAGCUCUCAGAAAAGAGUUAAUCCUUUAAGGGCCCAGAGAAAUGAAAAUCCAUUGCGCUUCCAAAAUCAGAAUGCUAAUUGCAAUAAAGUUAGUGGUGCUACUGGUGGGAAGUCUCCACAAAAAGUAAUGGACUGGUUCUCUAUGGAAGAGGUAGAAACUGGUGAUCAGCCCCCAGAGACAGGCAGCAGAAAUGAGGACAAUGUGCCAGAUCACUGGUUUCUGGUAAGCGAUGAUGAAAAAAGUGCCAAAUAUUCUCAAAACAGUGAUAUGCAAGCUUUACCAAGUCAGGCGAGUGAUAUUUCAACAAAUCAAAAAAAUGCAAUCAAAGGCCAGGUGUCACAAAAUGGAGACUCGCCAUCACAGACGGAAGCUGAUACAGAAAUGGACAGCAAAUUUGACGAGGAGGAUGGCAGCGGUGACUGUCCCACAAGACCCACCCACUUUUCAGACGAGGAGGGUGAGGAUGAUGGUCUUUGGGAAACAGAAAGCUCUGAUGAUGAAGUGUAUAUGAGGCCUGCAAACACUGCCAGUUCUGACCAAGCAUUUUCAGGAAGCACCGGUGUUUCCAAGUGGGUUCCUGGGGAGAGGAAGUGUACACUGUGUGGUGCAACUGAUCACGUUAUAUACAAGUGUCACAGGAAAAAGGACAACAGCUUCUUUCUGUAAAAAUGUGCCAUUUUAUAAACUUAUAUGUAAUCUUGAAGUACAGGGGUUUUGUUAAAAUGUGUUCUUGUGUGAGAGAGCUUUUAUCCCUAUUAUUCACUCGAUCUGAAUCCUUCAUUGAACUUGCGUGUACAGUGUAUAUCUGCAUGUGUUUCUGUACCCUCUAGUGUUGUGAAGGGGUCAGUAUUCAAACAUGUCUUUUCAUGAUUAAGGUAAAUUUAUGAAAUAUUGUCUGAUAAUUAAAUGCUUCUGCUGUAUAUUUGAUUCAGUGUGUGAUAUAGGGAUGAGGAUUUUUUGGAUAAUGAUU